GCCGCCGCCUUCAUCAGCGCGCAGGACGUCGCCGUGGUGGGCUUCUUCAAGGACCUGCGUGGUGAGGCAGCGCGGGCGUUCUACGAGGUGGCCGCAGAGGUGGUGGAUCUGGUGUUUGGUGUGUCUGAGGAGGAUGAGCUGUUCGAGGCGUACGGGCUGUCGGCCGACACCGUCUGCCUCUUCAAGAAGUUUGAUGAGGAGCGGACGGAUUUCCCCGUGGAUCCGGAGCAGGGCCUGGACGUAGCCAAGCUGACGCGGCAGCUCCGUGUGCACAGCCUGCAGUUGGUGAUGGACUUCUCCAAUGAGACCUCCAACCAGAUCUUUGGGGCCAAGAUCCCCCACCACAUGCUGCUCUUCCUCAACACUUCCGUAGCAGAGCAGCAGGCACUGCGGGAUGAGUUCCGCGUGGCCGCCGGCACCUUCCGGGGCGAGGUGCUCUUCGUGGUGGUGGAUGUGGAUGGGUAUGGUGCCACCGUUCUGCCCUUCUUCGGCCUGACACCCAGCGACGCGCCCACGCUGCGCUUCAUCAAGAUGGAGAACAACCGCAAGUACCGCAUGGAAGCGGACGCCUUCUCAGCCACGGCCGUGCGUGACUUUGUGCAGGCGGUGCUGGAUGGCAAGGUGAAGCCCCAGCUGCUGAGUGCAGAGCCCCCCGAGGACUGGAACACACGGCCCGUUAAAGUGCUUGUGGGGAAGACCUUUGAGCAGGUAGCAUUUGAUGAGACCAAGAACGUCUUUGUGAAGUUCUAUGCACCAUGGUGCACCCACUGCCAGGAGAUGGCGGCUGCUUGGGAGGAGCUGGGCGAGCGCUACAAGGACCACGAGGACAUUAUCAUUGCCGAGAUGGAUGCCACGGCCAACGAGCUGGAGAACAUCACCAUCAGCGGAUACCCAACACUGCACUACUUCCCCGCUGGGCCGGGCAGAAAGAUGGUCGAAUAUAGGAGCGCCCGAGACGUGGAGACCUUCUCCAAGUUCCUGGAAAAUGGAGGGAAGCUGCCAGAGGAGCCACCCACAGUGUCCAAGGCCCCGGAGAACAGCACAGAGUCACCGAGCCCAUCUGGCACAGCCGAAGCCCGGGAGGAGCUGUGAGCCCUGUCCUGCUGCAGUGGGCAUUAUAAAUGACCCUGGAAAUGA